AUGGUGACUCUCAAACCGAAGAGCCACGUGAAAGUGGCAUGUCUGGCUUGUCGUGCCGCCAAAAUUCGGUGUAACGGGGAGAGCCCGUGUGCGAGUUGUUCUGUGAACUCGCGCGAGUGCAGCUAUCGUCCCAGCCGUCGGGGCGGAGCCCGUCGAGGCCUCAAGGCUCGCCAGCAGCUCCUCAAGCAGAGAAUUGAAUCUCAGCGGCUCUCGGAGGAGUUUCUGUUGAGCCAGAGCAUUGCUUCAAAUCAUGCUCAUCCUCCGUCGGAAGCGCUGGUGUCCGGCCUUGAACCUGAGCCUGAGCUUGAGCCUGAGCCUGAGCUUGAGCCUGAGACGGCGACCGUCAGGCUUCGGGCUUACCGGUGCGAGCAAGACUUAGUCAAUGCAUACUACAUCUUUAUCCAUCGCUUCUUCCCGCUGCUCCCUCCCCCGGCCGCGCCUCAGUACAGGGAUCAACCCUGGGCAAUCGCCGUCUGCUCUGACACAGCGACUGUCGAUCCCAGCGCAUUGCCGGACUGGGCAGGAAACCCUCUCUGUCUUGCCUUGGCGGCCAUGACGAUGCUCAUCCCGCUCGACGAGACCGGGCCGGCAACAGAGCCCUCCACGGCGGUGCUGCUGCGCCGCACCCACGCAGGUCAUUAUGCGCGAUUGGCCUUGGAGCGCGUUGAGUCGAUGGAGCUGCCUCGCCAGCAGUCGCCGACCUCGUCAAGUCCAUUGCAUCCCCAUCUCCCGCGGCAGAUCGAGCCGGUUCUAGCCUUGGCGCUGCUCAGCUUGUUUGAGUACUGCGAUCGGGGAAACGCCGCCAGGAUGCGGUUCCGCGCGAACCACGCCUUGACCACGGCGAUGGACCUUGCUCUGUACUCGGAAAUGUCUGAAGAGUGCUCUGAUGCAUCCCGCCGCGCUUGGUGGGUAACAAUGUUUCUGUCUUACCUCUCGUCGGCAUUGACUGCGACUGUCCCUAUUAUCACUGCAGAUGAUCCACGCAUUUCCACCCCGUUCCCUGAGUUCCGGGGCUGUCGUGAACCCUGGCCGUUGCUGGUUCAAGCCCAAGAGGUGUUGCUUCAAAGUUGCUCUAUCGUCCGCCAACUCGUCCGCGAUACACCCGUUGACCGUCUUCCCACCUUGAUUAGAGAUGAGAUAUACCAGCUGGAUGCAAAAAUUGUCGAUCUCUCCGGGCAGGCCGACCGCUUCCGAUGUGUGACCAACCAACAGGGCGUUGAAGCGGAUGCUUCCCGCACGCUUUGGGCUAUGGCGGCGACCUUUCUUCACACGUCACGGCUGAGACUGCACCGGUUCCGAGCUUUCAUGGACCAUCCCAUGUUUCUAGGAAGUUACUGUGACCUGGCACCUAUCGACACAGUCGACUUCUCGUCGUCGUCGCGCCUGUCCCUCAACCAGAUCACUAGAAUCCAUUCUCUAUUUCCCUUUUCAGAAGAUGAGUCUGCCCGUAUUUGUCUACAGUCAGGUCUAGCCAUCUCGCGCAUCUUCCGUCGUCUUCCCGGUCCACAGUCUUACUCGGAUGGACUGGAGAUGUCCAACACGACGUUGCUAUCAUCGUCGUCAUCAUCAUCAUCAUCAUCUUCUAUAUUCUCUUCCUAUUCCACCUCUAUCGCGCUGCGAACCCCUCGCUCAAUCCCCUACAUGGUCUGCUGUGAGCUGCAAGCCUUCUACGCGCUGAACAUGCUGUUCGCGCGGGUCCGCAGUGCUAUCUGCGCAGGAGACGUUUCCCCCUGCUACCCAAUUCUCGACCGACCCGAUCCGGCUAUGGAUGUAUGUGCUGCGGAACGGCUCGUCGAGGAGCUGCGGCUGGGCAUGGACGCGCUGGCGUCCUCGAUCCGCGCCGAUGGAUGUUUUGCGGGGGUGACGCCCAUGGCAAGAGAGGUGGAUGCGAUCAGAGAUGCAACAGCGGCUUUGAUAACAUGA